UCAUAAUUUUGACUUUUCAAUGUUAAAAUUAUGACUUUUUAAGUCAUAAAUAUCAAAUGAUUUACAAAAGCCCUUGUAUGGCGGAAAUGGGCUUCUAUAGAAAUGCAGCUAAUCUGACUAAAUAUGUAUGAUUUUGCCAUGUCCUAUAAUUACUAAUAUCAAACUUUAUAUAAUUCAUAAUUAAUAACUUCUACAUGCGUACUAAUAUAAACAAUUAAAAGUUAAACCUUUUAAGUAUUUUCAAGAGCAGCGCAGGUGUAAAAACUACAUUUCCCAGAGUUCUCCCGGAGCGUCCGCUGGUUUCCGCGCAUGCGCACAGGGAGCUGCUCUGGCGAUGAAGAUGCAUAAACUGAAGUCGACCCAGAAGGAGAAGAUCCGUCAGGUCCUGUCCUUCAGUCGGGCCGCAGAGAGAACCGCUCUGUACUGCCUGACCCACAAUGACUGGAGACUAGACACGGCCCCGGAUAACUACUUCCAGAGCUCCGAUCUCUUCCACAGAGACUCCAUGAAAGCAGCGGUGGACCGCAAGAAGCUGGAUCAGCUGUACAAGCGCUAUAAAGAUCCGCACGACGAGAAUAAGAUAGGCAUCGAUGGAAUCCAGCAGUUCUGCGACGACCUCAUGCUGGAUCCCGCCAGCGUCGGCGUCCUGAUCGUGGCGUGGAAGUUCAGAGCGGCGACGCAGUGCGAGUUCAGCCGCAAAGAGUUCCUGGACGGCAUGUCUGAUCUGGGAUGCGACAGUCCAGAGAAGCUGAAGAGUCUUUUACCCAGACUAGAGCAGGAGCUGAAGGAUUCUGGGAAGUUCAAAGACUUCUAUCAGUUCACAUUUUCCUUCGCCAAGAACCCUGGUCAGAAGGCUUUAGAUCUGGAGAUGGCCGUGGCCUACUGGAAUCUCAUUCUGACCGGCCGCUUUAAGUUUCUCGACCUCUGGAACACUUUCCUCCUGGAGCAUCAUAAAAAAUCCAUCUCUAAAGACACGUGGAACCUGCUGCUGGACUUCGGGAACGUGAUUGCUGACGACAUGUCGAACUACGACGAGGAAGGUGCGUGGCCGGUGCUCAUCGAUGACUUUGUGGAGUUCGCCCGGCCGAUCGUGACGGCAGAAAAUCACAAGACUCUAUAAUGAGCGCUGACAGGGAGGACGAGCCUCUCCAGACUGACUUUUUAAAUAAAAAACUACAAUAAAAGAAUUUAAAAAUAAAUAUACAUCUUUAACUGCAGAGAGAGCUUUGACACUGCACUGAUGAACACCUGAGAUCUGUCUGGACACGAGUGUUUUCCCAUCAGUCAACAGUCUCAUGAUGGCCAACAUAUACAUGCAUGUCUGCUUGUUUGGUCAUUUAUACGGAGUAUUAAGUAAGAAAGCUUGUUUCCACCACUGAAUAUAAAAAUAGGUAAAUGUGGUAAUUGUGAAUUUUUUUUUUUUUUUUUCCCCUCGGAAUUCUGACAUUUCUCUGAAUUGCAAGUUUAUUUCUGGGAAUUCUGACUUUUUUCUUGGAAUUGCAAGUUUAUUUCUCUGAAUUCUAACUUUUUUCUCGGAAUUGCAAGUUUAUUUCUGGAAAUUUUGACUUUUUUCUCCGAAUUGCAAGUUUAUUUCUCAGAAUUCUGACUUUUUUUUCUCCGAAUUGCAAGAUUAUUUCUAGGAAUUCUGACUUUUUUCUCGGAAUUGCAAGAUUAUUUCUCAGAAUUCUAACUUUUUUCCCGGAAUUGCACGUUUAUUUCUCUGAAUUCUGACUUU